AUGACCAAGACUGGACUGACAUUGACACUGUGUACCGUACGUCUUUUUCUUCUUCCUAAUUUGACUUUCACAUUUCCAAAGUUCAUAAAAGGAGAUUUGUGCUAUUACUUGUAUAUAGGUGUAACUAGGAUUUCGCGUUUUGCAAGUCUUUGGAAGUGUUUUCAUGGCCUAAAUAAAGGUCAACAGCGUGGCUUUGUUGAACAGGAAUGGUGA